CGUAAAUACAAAACAUUUGUACGGGGACUUCUUGGACGCUCCAGAGGAGGACCUACAAUUGCGUCUGCUUUAGUUUCCACUUCUCUUUCUCUCUCUAAACCAUUCAUCAUUUCAAUCGACGGUGAUAUCCCUUGACCACUACUUGCCCUAGGGCAAGAAACAGAUUAUAAUGGCCUGGAUGGAAUCAGUGGAUCGUGAUUCAGCGUAUAAUCAUGUUGGGGUUUCGAUAUUAUCUCCAUCUCUUUUAAUGAAAAAAGAUGUUUGGGAAAUUCAUGAUCAAGUGAGAGCAGGGUUUUUCUUCAAUUUCCUCCUCCUUUAUCUUCUAUAAUUUAGCAAGUUGAUAUUUGAGUGGCUCAUGAUCAAUGGUCCUACUCCUAGGGGCUGUUCUGCACUUUUUGGAGCUGCACCUUCUGACUAUGAUAUGACUCGAGGGUCACCAAUGAGCUUGAUUGAAGGCCUUCCCGAUGCAAUCACACUCGAAUGCCUGGCUCGACUGCCAUACUCUCUCUACCGAUCCCUUUGCCUCGUCUCCCGCUCCUGGCGGGACGCCAUACAAAGUCAAUACCUCUUCAAGGCAAGAAUAAAUGCAAACUCCACCGAGGACCUCCUCUGUGUCUCUGCAUUCCAGCCCGAGAACCUCUGGCAGCUCUACGACCCCUCCACAGAUGUCUGGAUGACCCUUCCCCCCCACCCCUCAACCAUCAAACAACUCAAACGCUUUGGAACCGCCUGCAUAGGUGGUAACCUCUUUAUCAUCGGGGGAGGUAGUGAUGGUGUGGACCCGAACACCGGGGACCGUGAUGGCACGCUUGCCACCAACGAAGUGUGGUCUUAUGACCCUGUACGCUGCCACUGGUCCCCGUGUGCGCCAAUGUUAGCAGCGCGCACCAUGUUUGCCUGCUGCUCGUUCAAGGGGCGGAUAGUGGUUGCAGGGGGCUUGAACAACCGACACAAGGCCAUGACAUCAGCAGAGGCUUAUGACCCCGAGCUCGACAUAUGGGUGCCAAUCCCGAACCUGUGCCAAGCCCAUAAUCUGGGUUGCUCGGGGCUUGUGGUUAGUGGUAAGGUGCAUGUAAUGCAUAAAGGGACUCCUUCAAUGGAGGUGUGGGAUGGAGGGGAACAUGGUUGGGAAAUUGCAAAUUGUGGCUGGCCUGAAUGGCCAGCAGUAGUGGCGGGGGAGAAGGUGUACUUUGUGAGCCAUGGCCGAGUGGAGGAGUGGGGGGAUGGGGGGAGGGCACCCAUGAAGGUAGUAGGGCAGGGUCCUGAGCCCAGGGGGGGUGGAUUUGGGGUGGGUUUCAUCAGGGGAAAGUUGUUUGUGGUUGGGGGGUGGAAUAUUUCGGGGAUGAGGCGAUCGAACAUGAACAUCGAGCUGCUGGCGGAUGUGGAUAUGUUGGAUUUGGGGGAGGAGGAGUUGGCAUGGCGACGUGUGGCACCCAUGACACGGUGUAGGGGCACUGUGGUUGGAUGCACUUCAUUGAGGAUUUGAAGGGGAGAUUGGGGGGGAGGGCUUGUGAUGAGGCUAGUUAUGAAUGGGUGGUUUGGCAAUGUUGGGCAGGGGAGAGUGGGUUAGUUGGGCUUGGAGGUUGGAGGUUGGAUGUUGUGUUAGGGCCCUUAAGUCACCAAAUCAUAAAGCCAAGUGCCCGAAUCCCAAUUUCAAGCCAUGUAUUAGGAUGGCGUAGUUGCAUAUGGAGAUGCUGGAGCGUGGAUGUUGGAAGUAUGAUAUUUCUCGAAAAUAUUUGAGAGGAGUCUUGGAAGAUAAGAGAAAAAGAAUAUAUGUGGAAAGAUAAAGGCCUGCUAUUGAGAGUUUAAGCAAUUUCACUUGUGAUUUUAAUAAUCGUAUCCAAUGUUUAGAGAAGUGUGUACUGUGACCUUAGCAAAGGUUGCUUUUCUCAUGUAUAAAAGUUGUGGGUAAUCUUAUGGCCAGGGGAAUGGAAAACACAUAAACAUUCUGUUGUUAAUAUUCCUUUUUCUUAUAAA